AACAAGGGCAAGUAACUCUAAGUCACGAGAAAUGUAAACUUUAUUCACUGUUUCUGUCGAUCAACUGUCUUAUCGUCAUCGUUGCGCUACACACCUCAGAAUGAGUGAGGUUCAGACCCCUGAAGCAAAGCAGGAGAGUGAAGCACAGGAUGAGGGGGAAACACCACCAAGUUCGGAAGAGACAGAAAGGGAGAUUACUCCAAAGCAGUCUGAUGACCAACCACAAGAAAAAGAAGCUUCAGAAGUUGUAGAGACUGCUGAAGAAGAACAAGACAAGAGAUUGGAGAAAGACCAGCUAGAUGCCGACUUGGAAAUAACAGUUGAUCCUGCCAUUGUUGAAAACCUAAGUUCAGGAUUUCUUCAGACCUUUCUGCCCAACUUGGAUAAAUCAAAGUCAUCACUAGACGAAGUGUUAUCUAACCAGAAGAUCCUUAUAGAGACAUUGGAGCAGGAGAACGCCAAGUUCCAGGAAUGCCAGUCUAUGGAGGAACUCACCCAGACAAUGUUGAAGGCAAGGAGGUAUUACAAUAAACUGAUCACCAUCAAGAAAGAGAUGACCAAUGUCCAUGACAAGUCCGCCAAGCUCAAGAAGCGGGCAGUAAAACUGCAGCAGCAGCGGCAGAAGGAGGAGCUACAGAAGGCUCAGCAGCGGGAGAAGGAGCACGAGAAGGAGAGGAUGCUGGCAGCGCGGGUUGCCAGACACACAGACAGCUGAUACAGGCACAUGACCUGCUGGCUGGCUUUCAACAAAUGUAAAGCAUUAAUGUUGCUUCAUAAGAAAAUAUCAGGUCCAUUCCACAAAUCAAUCUACGAUCGUCUUAGCGCUACGACUGUAGUAAGUCUAUGUUAAAGAAUGUGAGCUACGAUUGUCUUAGCGCAACGACUGCAGUAAGUCUAUGUUAAAGAAUGCAAGCUACCUUUGUCUUCGCGCUACUUCUGUCGUAAUUCAAUUUUAAAGUAUGUGAGCUAGGAUUGUCUUAGCGCUACGACUGAGGCAAGUCUAUGUUAAAGAAUGUGAGCAACGAUUGUCUUAGUGCUACGACUGUCGUAAGUCUAUGUUAAAGACUAAAGAGUGGGAUUAACGUUAGCCACACCCCUAUGACUGGUUUGUAGACCUGAAAGCUAUUUUAGGUCUAAGACGAUCAUAUACCCCAUACUCUAUCAUUCACUUACGCCCAUACUAGUGCUAAGAUUGGUUUGUGUGGACAGUCCCCAUGGCUGUGUACAACCGAGUGAAAGCCUCUCACUUGAAGCCACGAGGCUCAAAGUAAACACAAAUAUGCUUCUAUCAGUAAUUGGUGGAUUCAGUAUUGUCGUCUUGAUAUGUGUCUGUACAUAUAAUGUUCAUGUUACAAGAUUGUCCAAUUGUUUAGUGGCAGGAUCAUUCUAACCCUAAGGAUCAAAGAGGCACGCAAGAUCUGUGAAGCUAGAGCCACAGCCUGAGAUAGUUAACGCUGUAGAAGCUGCACCCUGUAAAAUGUAUUUUGCUGCCCCUGUCUUUAAUUAUCUUCAUUAAUAACCAUACCAAAUAAUUUCUCGAGCAAUAAGUAUUAACCAUAAAUCAGUCAAUACCCUUAGUUUGUUAUAACCACUGUUGAGAGGGAUGGGUGUGGUGGGAGGGUGUGGUUCAGAUGGGUUUUAAAGGAGGUAGGGGGUGGAAGAUUUGUGUGUGUAUGUGUGGCGUGGGUGUUCGGUGUUUUGGGGAAGGGUGGUAUUGGGUGGUAUGGCUUGUUUUGAAGGGAGGUAGGUAUGUUAGACAUAAAUAAAGUUAUCUUAAUUACAAAAUAUAUCUCUAAAAUCUAACAUUAAAUCCAAAUGGAGCCCAGCACAAUGCUUAGUUUCAGCUAGAGCUGAGGUAAUCCAGACUUGCCAAAUCAUAGACUUCACAUUCAUCAUUUAAUCUCUAGGGUGUGGGAGUCAGACGAUGCGAGAUAGGUACAGUACUCGUUAUUGCUGAAAUGAUAGGGACACAUUGGGCCAACAGUAUUCUAAGAGUUAUGGUGCUAUCGCAAUGCUGGAACUAUUUCAGUAGUUGUGCCUGUAUGAGCAUGAUGUCAAACCUAACAUGGCUGCCAUUUCCCAGGUGCGGUACAUUGCUGAGGACUUAAGGGAGGUAACUCUUGUUAUAGCCUGAUAUGAAAUACCCAUAUCUCAUCAAGGUGCGUUUCGGAUCAGAAUGAAUUGUAAAGGGAAAGAAUAUUUAUAAAUUUUGUUACAUCUGUCAACACUGAACUGUCAUUGGUUCAUAGUUGGAUUUAUGUUUACAUCUCUGUCAUCAGUCUGUCCAAAAUUGAUGGUUAUGUUUAUGAUGAUAACAAUGGCGAUGAUGAUGAUGAUGAUGAUGAUGAUGAUGAUGGUACUUGUUAUUUUAAUGAUGAUGAUGAUGAUGAUGAUGAUG